AUACAUGUAAUGGGAUAUAACUCUUUUGUAACCGGAAGCUGUGGUGUUCAUUUUGAGUUCAGCACGUGGAAAGCUCGAAAGGUUUAAGGACGCUUACAAGAAUGGGAAGGCCAGGUUUCUCACCAGCCGGAGGAAGAGGUGGCCGUGGUGGCUUCAGGGGUGGAAGAGGUGGGGGUGACAGAGGAGGUCGAGGUGGAUUCGGCGGUGGAUUUGGAGAUGGUGGAAGCCGUGGUGGCUUCAGGGGUGGAAGAGGUGGGGGCGACAGAGGAGGUCGAGGUGGACGAGGAGGGGGCAGAGGAAGAGGAAGAGGUGGUAGAGGAGGAAUGACAGGUGGGAGAAAAGUAUUGGUGGAGCCUCACAGGUUUGCAGGUGUGUUUAUUGCACGUGGUAAAGAGGAUGCCAUUGUAACUAAAAAUUUGGUGCCUGGUGAUUCGGUCUAUGGCGAGAAAAGGAUCACCGUGGAGGAUGGGGAUCAGAAAGUUGAAUACAGGGCUUGGAAUCCAUUCCGCUCAAAACUGGCAGCAGCUGUUAUUGGUGGCGUUGAAAACAUCCACAUUAAACCUGGCUCCAAAGUCUUAUAUUUGGGUGCUGCUUCAGGGACCACUGUCAGUCAUGUUUCUGACCUUGUCGGGCCAGAGGGUCUUGUGUAUGCAGUUGAAUUUUCACACAGAAGUGGACGGGAUCUCCUGAACGUUGCUAAGAAAAGGCCAAACAUCAUUCCUAUUAUUGAAGAUGCAAGGCACCCUCACAAAUAUCGGAUGCUUGUUGGCAUGGUGGAUACCAUUUUUGCUGAUGUUGCCCAACCAGAUCAGGCAAGAAUCGUGGCAAUCAAUGCACAUAUGUAUCUGAAAAAUGAAGGUCACGUGGUCAUCUCCAUCAAGGCAAACUGCAUUGACUCGACAGCAGAACCUGAAGUAGUAUUUGCAGGGGAAGUAAGCAAAUUGAGAGCAGAGAAGAUUAAGCCUCUUGAACAGAUAACAUUGGAACCAUAUGAACGUGACCAUGCUGUGGUUGUUGGCAUUUACAGACCACCACCCAAGAAGUGAAUACAGAUUGGAAGCAGAACAUCAUGUCAGUUUUCGUAAACCCAUGUCUUCAUUUCUUCUUAUCAAAUAUGCAUUUUGUAAAUAGUACAUGCCAUGUUAAAAUAAAGGUCAUAAACAAGUUG